UUUUACAGAAUUUUUUUUAUCAUUCUAUUUGGAUCCGACUGUCGAAAAAAAACCGUGUGAAAUGAACAAACGAGAUACUUGAAUAAGUCGCCAUGAAACGCACCCCAAUCAAUUUUUGAACAUUUCAAACGCUGACGUAUUGAUGAAACUCGUUGGCGCCAAAUUUUUGACGAACUUGCAAUUGUGAUGACUUCUUCUUUAUUAUUAUAAUGGAAAAGGUUCUGAAAGAAAAAAAAAUAAAUUGUUGAUCGGUUAUUUUGCAAAUUAAUUUCCACAAUGGAUGAUCCAGCAUUCAAGGCCAAAUAUCAUAAGUAUAAAACCAAAGUCAAGCUGUGGGAAAAAUCUUUUAAAGAAUUGAAUGGACGUGUUCCGUCGAAGUACGAUAUUCGCGAGGCACCGUCAGCAAUUCGUGAUUCAUACAAAAUGUACUACAAAUUGAAGACAACAUUUCUUGAGGAAACGUUGAGCGAUGCAUUGGAUGAAGACUCAUUUGAUUUGUCAAUACUUGAAAAUUCCAGUUCACAAACUGAUUCACGAUUGUCCAGCUCAUUCUCCGAAAUGUCAACGCCUGAUGUGUCGGCACUGACCAGCGAAAGUUCGAUUAUUUUGCAGAAUAGCAGCAUUGAUGCACUGCACUCGACGAUUGACAUAUCUUCGAACAGUUUUACGGCUGAUGGUCACUCACAAUCAAACCGAACUGAAUUCGAGGCAGAAGAGGCACUCCCGUUGAAUGAAAAAGCAUGGUCAAGAGCAACGAAAAUUGUAUCGAAUACAUCGCUAAAAUCAAACAACAGCAGCUCAAGAAAAUCAAUGUCUGAUAAAUUAUUUCGUGGUGCAAGCUUCCAGAAGCGAAAUCCACGAAAAUCGUUGUCACGGAAUAGUUUGACCAGCAAUCACUCGUCACAGUCGCUACUCUCGUCUAGUCAAAAGGAAUCAUUUCCAGAUUUACAAACGUACCUCUCGCAAAAGUCCAAACAACAAGAAGAUAACGAUGAAAAAACUGAAUCACAACCAGCACCAACACCAUUAGAGAUUAAGCCCGCAUCAACGAAUUUAAUCAAUAAUAUUGACGAAGAGUGGCUAAGUCGAUGCAAUAAAGCCAAUAAUAUGGAAAAUGAUUUGAUUGCAGCGUCUGUUGGAUCAGGUGAAAGUCGGAGCAAAACGACGGAACAUCCGAAAGUGUUUGGUCUUUCAAACAUAAAUGUGAGCGCUCUUGCUAGUUUUGAACGUUCUCAAGCUGCUCAAGAAGUCGUUCCAAAGAGUAUGCUCUCAUUUGAUAUGGGCAAUUUAAAUCUCACCGCACAAAAUUCGUUUGGUGGCAUUACGGCUCAGAGCUCGCUCGGACUAAGUGGUUUGGUACUCGACGAGGUGGCUGGUGAUGAUGAAGAGAUAGCCAACAGUGAAGACGAGGCUGAUAUGAAUUUAUCACGACAAAUUCGAAGUAUUCGCAAUUCAACGAAAAGAAAACACAAUGAAAUCGACCAUGAGGUCCCAGUAAAAGUGUUGAAAUUUCCGACAAAAAUUACCAGCAAUCCAAAUGUCAACAAUAAUACGAAAGAAGAGAAGCCACUGGCAAUAGAGAUCACCAUACCGCAAACGAUUCGAAAAACAAAAUCGAUCACUAAACCAAAACCAAAACCAGAAGCCGAAUCAAAUGUGGAAAAAGAAGCGGCCAAAGCAGUAGUUGUUACACGAAAGAGUUCACGAAAUGCAAAUAAAAGGACGACUUACAAGCAGAUCGUUUCGAAAUCGGAUAAUGACGAGGAUAGUGAUCCAUUCGCUGGCGAUGAUUCCGAUAAAGACCCCAAUUUCUCUGAUUCACAAGAAACCAAAUCGAAAAAUCGAAUGUCAAACGUAGUAUCGAGUCCAAACACCUCCGACGACGAAACACCGCAGCAGCAGAAGGAAGAAAUGACGAAAAAGACAAUCACACGGAAGAGAGUUGCACGUACCAAAGCAGCACCUAAACAACCACGUGCUAAAGUUGAGCGUAAAGCUAGAGUACCUGCCAAUAAGAAAGCGUCGAUGGCCGAUAGCAAUAGCAGUGUCAGUGAGACUGAACCACCACAAGAGACACCCGAUGAUUAUUUGCUUGAAUUCGGUAUGGAAAAUAUCAAGAGUGUGCCACGUGUGCCCAUCGCCGAAUUGAAACAGAACACAAUGGAAUUCUCAAAGUACGUCUACAGUGCAGAUUCAUCGAGCAAGAGCGUUGAACCAGCAAGUGGUGCUGGUCCCAGCAAACCAAAACCGCUAUCAACGAAGAAUGCCAUUGCCAGAGAUAAACUUGAGAGUAAAAUUGCGUCUGGUGCGCUCAACGAUAACUACGUGCGAUUGAAUCUUCGAAAGAAGGUGUUUGUACGUGGUAAAAAGACGAUGAACUUCAGCCGUUACAAGAAAAAAUUGUGGAAGAGCAAGAAAGCGGCUGCGUUGAGUGGACCAGAUAUGGACAUGGGAGGCUGUGAUGGUGGCAUUUUGACCUGCUUCCAGUGCGGUCUUCCAGGACAUUUUGCACAGAACUGUAAAGCAAAAAGUGAUCGAUUAUUGCCAUUGGCCGUUGAAGAAGAAUCACCAUUUCCCACACUUCAAGAGGUGGAAGAAAUGUCCAAUCAAAAAAUUAAAUUGGCACAUGGAAAUCGUGAACUGCCAAAAACUAGCAAUCCAACGUGGAAAACUGACUCUGAAGAUGCAACUACAGAAGUUACCGACGAAACGACACAAUCGGAAUUGGAAACGGAAGCUGAAAGUGAAAAUACCGUUGACGAGGCACCGACACAAACCUACAUUGGCCAUAAAAUACCCGAAGAAUUUUUGAUCAAAGCUGGCUUGGUUGGCGAUGACGUUGAAGAUGAGACUAAAAUUGAACCACUAUACAAAUUAAAUGCUGAUGGAAGCACCCUUGCCACUCCACCAGAAGUGUAUGAAGCACUGGCGAUGUUUGGCCACAAGGAGUUCCGAAGCGGACAAGAAAAAGCAGUCAUGCGAAUUUUAUCAGGUCAAUCGACAUUGGUGACGUUGAGCACGGGCAGUGGUAAAUCGUUAUGUUACCAAUUGCCAGCUUAUAUGUACAGUAGGAAAAAGCGAUGCAUAACGCUGGUCAUAUCACCGCUUGUCUCAUUGAUGGAGGAUCAAGUGCAGGGCGUUCCACACUUUUUAAACGCACAAUGUCUGCACACAAACUUGAGUGCACAGAAACGGGCAGCCACCAUUGAAGCCAUCAAAGCGGGCAAAGUGGAUGUUUUGCUCAUUUCUCCCGAAGCGGUCGUUUCAAGCGAAAAAUCCACUGGAUUUGGUUCGAUUCUGAGAGAUUUGCCACCGGUUGCCUUUGUUUGUAUUGAUGAAUGUCAUUGUGUAUCACAAUUCGGUCAUAAUUUCCGGCCCAGUUACCUGAUGGUGUGUCGAGUGCUAUAUGAUAAACUGAAAAUAAAAACUGUUCUGGGUUUAACGGCAACAGCCACGAUUUCAACAAGACUUAGCAUUGUGGAACAUAUACGGAUUCCAGAUGGUUUAGAUGGUGUUAUUAGUGAUAUUCCACUGCCGGAUAAUUUAACGCUAACCAUUUCAUGCGAUGAUAAUCGUGAUAUUGCCUUGAUACAACUGCUCAAAGAGCCCCGAUUUGUUGAAUACCAAUCGAUCAUUAUAUAUUGCUCACGACGUGAUGAAUGCGAACGAGUGGCAAA